AUAAUCACCACUCAGCCCCCUUCUCUUAAAAAUCAUCCCUUUCUCUCAAGAAAUCUCAAACGAGCUAAAGGUAUACAAUAUAUUGCUUACCCAAUUACAACUCCAGAUUUGGGAAUUGAUACUUGUGAAUGAGAACCAAAGUUAGGCUCUAGUUAUUGAAGGCGUGUCCGAGAUAAUGAUGGGGCAAACAUGGUGUGUGGCCAAUGAGAACGCUAGCAAGAAGAAGUUGUAGAGGGCAUCUGAUUUUGCUUAUAGUAGAGGCAAGACAUAUUGCAAUUCAAUCCAAAUCGGUGCUUCUUGUUAUGAUUUGAACAUGCUCAAGACACAUGCUUCCUACACCUUCAACUACAUAAGAUUUUGUAGCAAUGUACUGUAGCUCAAUUGAUUAGGAUUAGGGUUUGCAGUGAAAGGGGGAAAAUGGGGAAGAAUGGGAAAAAUCUUUCAUUUAAUGAGUUUGAAUUCUUUGUUUUCGUGUUUUGAUGGUUUGGUGAGGUUGAGAAGCUGUGAUUUGAGAGAUUGAUUUUUCCAAGGUCAUGACCCUUAGAAAAUUUCUAA